CUUCAUGGCACAUUCCAUCAUCUUUCAUCUCACUUCCAGGAAUAUAUCUUUCUUCAAUCAAAAGGCGUCAAUAUAUUGAACAUCAACCGUCAGAAAUAGUCUGUGAAAGGAUCUAUUGCAACCCAAAACAAAUCAAAAUGCCACAACCAUCAGCCAAAGAUCCUUUCCAAGAAUCUUCCUCGUUGGAAUAUCAAGAGCCACCACGAAAGCAAAAUUUCUUCCGCCACCUCUACACUACUCCGUACAGUCAACUGACUGUUUGGGAGAUCCUUCUAAGAUUUCUUAUUGCCCUCUUAUUCGGGGCAGCGAUAGGUGCUGUUAUAGGAGUCAUUAUCCGUUUUGCGUAAAUCAAUCGGAAAAUGAAGAUGCUGUCAUGAGAGAGUAAUAGAUUGAUGUGAUGAUAUUGAAAAUGUACUUAAUCAAACUUACAAUCUGUAAUCGAUUCAUUUUGAGUCAUAAUAAUGAGCAUCACGCAAGCCCCUUUUGAACACACCGAAACAAGUCCAUUAUUACAGCGGGUACUUGUGCCUUGGCGGGAAAAGGACGCUUGUGUAGGGCGAAUGGGGCACAAUCGCCCGGAACUAUCAGCGUAUCAAUCUCUAUCAUUUUC